AUGACAAACAGUGAGGUUGAUCACUUGGAUGAUGGGUAUAGAUGGAGGAAGUACGGCCAAAAAGCUGUGAAAAAUUGCCCUCUUCCAAGGGGUUUUCCUAUUUGGUUGAAAAAUAUUCCAGGCAUCAACAACCUUGCAAGCCCAUCCCCAAUCAGAAGGUUCAUUGGAGAUCUCUUGAUGGUCUCCCUAGCAUUUUGCUUAUUUGCUCAAGAGAAAGUUGAUAUUGCAGUUAUUGAGGCUGGAUUGGGUGGAGCACGGGAUGCAACAAACACUAUUUCUAGCUCUGGGCUUGUUGCUUCAGUCAUAACUACGGGCUUCUUGAUUGCUAUUAUGGCUACUAAUGCCUGUUACUAA